GACGUAGAGAGGUUAUUGAAAUGUAGCCUGUUGUCAAUGGUUUACAGCGAUAAGAACUUUUAUUUUUUCAGCCAUCGAUCGCCCAAGACGAGACCCAAAAGCCAGCGCUUCGUUCUGUCAUUCACGUUGAGGUGGUGUAGUCUGAUGUAUGCUGGUGUAGGCUUGUGUAUGCUGGUGUAGGCUUGUGUAGACUGGUGCUGCGCUCUCCCGCCUCCUCUCCAGCUGCGGAGCAUCAUUCUCCGCCGCUCCAUUCCGCUUGCUCAGUGAACAGCAGGGAUUUGUAAUCACACGUAUCAGAUUAUCUCACGGUCUUGUUCAUCUUCUGUAUUGUUUCGUGGCUCUGGGCAUCACCAAUGGAACGAGGCGCCUCACGCGGCAGCAGCCCGCGGCUUUAGCCGGUGAACGGUCCCGUGAAGAAGCUUGUAAACCGAGCACAGGCCCCGCCUAAGGUGAGCCAUGGCUGAUAGCAGCGCUCCUCAGGGUGGGGCUCUGGGUGGAGAGGAGUCUGUGUCUGAGGUUCCACCAUCAGAGGAGAGUUUAGCCUCAGAGAGCCUCCAUCAGGACUGCGGUACAACCAGUGAUGAGCAACCAGAGCAGGGUUUAGCCUCUGAGAGCCUCCAUCAGAACUGCUGUACAACCAGUGAUGAGCAACCAGACGCCCCAGGUGUAGACCAUGACAGCAGGUUCCCCAGUAAUGAUGGCUCUGACUGCAAGCCAGAUCAGAGUCCAGUCAUCAGGAGCUCUACUCCAUCUGUGUUUGAAGGGCAUGCAGCAGAGAACAUGUGCACAUUAGUGCAGAGUUCAUGCACACUAGUGGACAGCAGUGCUGGAGCACCACUGAUGGUGUGUAAAAGGCCCAUGAUGAUGCAGCAGUGCAACAUGGUUACUACUAUUUGUCGAGGUGGGUUUGCCUCAGAUGGCACUGGCCCCCAGCUGUUUCAGGAGUCUCAGGGGCCUCAGACCACAGCCAAUGAGGGAUUCCCCUGUGAUAGUUCCCAGUGUUAUGGCUCUUAUUUCCACCACACAAACUUGGAGGACACUUUUGCUGCUUACUGCCACCCACAACCCAUUCCUGCCCCUUCUCAGCUCCUACCUCAUUUGACAGGCCCAGAAAUUCCACCUCACCUGAGCAUGCCUCGCCUAAUGUCAUCUUUGAGUGAGACUGGGCUGGAUGCUAAACCAGUGUCCUGCUGCUGUCAACUGGGCUGCUCCUGGAUUAGUGUGUUGCCCCAGCCCCAGAGGGCAUGCGCUGUGAGUACUCUGACCCGUGACGUAGGAACCCUAACUGCCAGCAAAAGUCACAGGGAUGUAGGAGUGCAGACUGAGGACAGCAGUUAUCAUGUAUUCCCCCAAGUGUGUCUCACAGAGGAGAUCCACAGGGAGUGCCAGAAAAUCAGCCAAAAUGCUUCACAAAAGGCCAGCUCUAAGUCACCUGUCAAAGAGGUGAAGUGGGAUGCUGAGGGAAUGACAUGGGAAGUGUACGGGGCAUCUGUGGACCCAGAGGAACUGGGCUUGGCCAUUCAGAAACACCUGGAACUUCAGAUCAAAGAGACGGCCAGUCGUGCUGCGAAACUGUCCCGUCAGAACACAAACACAUCCAGGCAUAGCGUGUCCUGUCAGCGGAAAAGGAGAAUGCUCAGGUCCCUGCAGCCCCCAGCCUGUUGCACCCGCACUACCACUGCUGUGGAUUGAUGGACAUACCAAAACACUGUGUGACUACUUGGUACCAUAUGAAGUCCAGCAAUUCUUGUGGGAUAUUUUUAAGUUUUAAAGGUGUGACUAUUUAAUGCACAUUAAUGUCAGGAAGAUGCACAUUUUUAAUAUGGUUUUGUUUCUGUUCCCAUUGUUUUCCACGUGGAUGUUUGGUUUAAUCAUAUUUCCACAAAUGGUAUAUUUAAAUCAUAUCAAACUCCCAUUGGCCCUUUGUUAUCUCAGGCGCCACCUUGAGGUUUGGGAAUCACUGUUCUAAUUCAUUGAAGGUACAGUACAGUGUAUUCAUCCUCCUCAUCGUGCUCAUCUUAAACACAAAGCCCAUUAUGGUAAAUCUGCUGUUUAUUCUUUUUGUUUGUACAGAAAUAUAUGGUGAGUUUAAUACAUCUACAGGUGAAGCUACCACCCUAAUUUGCCCCUCAUGUGAAAAUUGUGCCAUGUUAUGUGGUGUUUGUGAGUUCCUUAAAUACUAAAAGGGCUGUGUGUGUACACACAAACAUAAAAAUAUGAAUGUCAAUAAAUUAUCUAAGAAAUUUAUUAAAAUGUUAGACUUCA